GUGAUAAACAAAAGAAAGAUUCAAGUCAAUGGUUUUCUGUGCAAUGUCAGUUUGAUUUAAUUUUAUCAAUAAAUAGAUUUCUUGGAAUCGUAGAAUAUGUACUUACUAAUUGGCCAGGUACUAUAAUUCAACCAAGAAGACUAUCUCAAGAUAUGCUUGAAGGUUUAUUCGGAUCAAUUAGAGAAAUGGCUGGUGACUCUUCCACAUAUACGGUUCAAUCCUACGGAUAUGCAAUGAACAAGUUAACAAUUAUAAUACAAAUGACAUCAGAAAUACAAAGCUUGAAUUAUGGUUUAGCUGAUGGUUCAGGCUAUUAUCGAACAACUGUAAAACCUAACAAGCAAAAUUUAGAAGUAUAUAAUCAACAUAAAAUCCAAAUUGAAAUGCUCCCUACUUUCAGCUACCAAAUAUUUCAAGAACUUCUUAAUGAUGAUCUAGUAAUAGUCAAAUACAGCUGCCGCUAUCUUCAAAUAAUGAAAAAUAGCGUAGAGAAUCUUUUGGUAACUUGGUCUAAAAAUAUUCAUCAAAUGGCAUUAGAUUCA